AUGGUGAAAUUCGAGUCAUUGUUUGAACAAACUAGUUUGCGUGAAGGUAACACUCGAGUAAACCGAUUCCGGUAUGAGUUAAACCGACAGAAAUUCAGUUGGUUUGGUCUGUAUGUUUUGGGUUAUUCAUUUGUUCCCAACUUCCUCCUAAAGCUCCCUCGUAGGAUUCAGCUCGAAAUGACGACGAUGGUGAUGCGGAGAUGGAGUGGUAAAGCUUUGAAAUUUGGUCAGCCCCGUCUCUCUGAGACAGGUAUUUUGAGAAAUGCGUCAUUCCAUUGCCCAUACAAGUUGUUGAAUUUCUGGGAAAGAGACUUUUCUGGUCUCAGUAGCAGCGAUAGGAAUCUCUCUUACGGAGAGAGAUUGAGGAGUGGGCUUGUCGAUAUUAGGGCGGAUGAUGCUGUGAAUCUCUUCCAAUCCAUGCUUCGGUCUCGUCCCCUCCCUCUGUCAGAUUUCAACAGAUUGUUUAGUGGCAUUGCCAAAACAAAACGAUGGAAGAAGAAAGAUCAAGCUCAUGCAGCCAAAUACAAUAUUAUCAUCGAUGGUCUUUGCAAAGAUGGGAAGCUCGACGAUGCAAUCAAUCUUUUCAAUGAAAUGGAAAUGAAAGGGAUCAAAGCAAUGUUAUCACCUACAGCACUCUCAUCGGAGGCCUUUGUAAAGACGCCUUCCUCUAAAGGAGUGAAGCCCAAUGUUAAGACAUACACCGUGAUGAUUGCAGGAUUAUGUAAGAAAGGCUCACUGUCCGAAGCUGACCUGUUGUUUAGAAAGAUGGGAGAGGAUGGGAUUGCACCAAAUAGUGGUACAUACAACACACUAAUCCGAGCACAUCUCGGGGGUAGUGGCCUAACCACUUCAGUUGAACUCAUCGAAGAAAUGCAGAUGCUUCCACUAUGA